AUGUUCUAUAAUUUUUUGGUCCUUCAUUUUUUGUUCUUCACUGUUUUUCAACAUCGGUUUUUCUGUCCUUCAUUUUUGCUGUUCUUCAGUUUUUCUGUUCUUCAUUUUUUCUGUUCUUCAUUUUUUCUGUUCUUCAUUUUUUCUGUUUUUCUGUCCUUCAUUUUUUCUGUUCUUCAGUUUUUCUGUUCUUCAGUUUUUCUGUCCUUCAUUUUUUCUGUUCUUCAGUUUUUCUGUCCUUCAUUUUUUUCUGUCCUUCAUUUUUUAUGUCCUUCAUUUUUUCUGUUCUUCAGUUUUUCUGUUCUUCAUUUUUUCUGUCCCUCAUUUUUUUCUGUUUUUCUGUUUUUCUGUCCUUCAUAUUUUCUGUUCUUCAGUUUUUCUGUCCUUUAUUUUUUCUGUUUUUCUGUCCUUCAUUUUUUCUGUCCUUCAGUUUUUCUGUUCUUCAGUUUUUCUGUCCUUCAUUUUUUCUGUUUUUCUGUCCUUUAUUUUUUCUGUUCUUCAGUUUUUCUGUUCUUCAGUUUUUCUGUUAUUCCUUUUUUCUGUUUUUCUGUCCUUCAUUUUUUAUGUCCUUCAUUUUUUCUGUUCUUCAGUUUUUCUGUUCUUCAUUUUUUAUGUCCUUCGUUUUUUCUAUUCUUCAUUUUUUCUGUCCUUCAUUUUUUCUGUUUUUCUGUCCUUCAUUUUUUCUGUUCUUCAUUUUGGGCUGUUCAGUUUUUUGUUUUUUUUACAGUUUUUUUUUUUUGUUCAUCGUUUUUUAUUUUUCAUCUUCUCUUUUUCUUUUCUUCAGUUAUUUCUUUCUUCUUCAAUUUUUUCAUCUUCAUUAUUUUCGUUCUUCAGGACCGUUUCGCUGUUUGUUCUUUCAUCACAUUCUUCAAAAAUUCCUUCUUUAUCUUUAUUCCACAUGGUUCUGUCUUGCGCCAUAGCUUCUCAAAACUUUCUUUUUUUUUACAAGUUCUUUUAAAUUUCUUUUUUUCUCCCUUUUUUCUUUCGUCAUAUUCAUCUAAACAUUUUCUUCUACACUUUCUUUCAUUUUUAAUAUCCUUCUGUUUCGUUUUUUCUAAAUUUCUUUCGCGCAUUCUUCUCCCUGAUAAGUCUUUCUUUUUUCUUUCCUUAUGCCUUUGUUCUUAUAAAUAUCUUUCUUUAGUGAAUUUUUAUUUUUUUUGUGAUCUUUUUUUUCAUUUCUUUUUAUCAUUUUACACAUUAUUUGUUCACCCUUUUUCUUUUCUUUCUGUUUUUAUAACCCAUUUAUUUGGACUAUUUUGGGAGCCUCUUUCUAUUCUUCUUUGA